ACAGAAAUGCACAACAUCCGUCUGGAUUUCGAACAGGAACUCGCUCGUAUGCGCGCUGCUCGUCCGCCCUCGCCGCCGCUCGUCUCGCUCGAUAACCAGCCAGAUCGGCCGGCGCCAAAGUCGGAAGAGGAAAUGACAAAGGUGCUGGCUUGCCAGGUGUGCUAUCAGCAGUUGGCCGACAUUGCCGUGCUACCGUGCGGUCACAUGGUCAUGUGCCAGUGGUGCGCAGAUGUCGUGGUGCCCAUUCGCCACGGACAUAUACCGCUGCGGCCGACAAAGUGUCCCAUGUGCAGGAAGCAGGUCAAGCAGAGAUUUAAGAUUCACACGGGAUGA